AUGAUAAGUUACUUACUGACUUACUAAAAAAGAAUAAUUGGUAUAAAUAGUAUUUAAAGAUCGUUUAGGGAUGUGAAUUCUGCAGCAGAAGAAUAUUUUGUGAAGGGAUACGGCGAGAAAGCCUCAGUAGGCAAAGGAAAUCCGAAGAUAAUUGAAAGUUUAUUCAGUAAAUACAAGGAGGCAGGAUCUGGCAAAAUGGAGGGAGAUGGGAUCACAUUGUUCUUUGAGCAUUUAGGUGUUAACGUUGCAUCUGACCCAGUAGUUUUCCUCAUUAGUUAUUAUAUGGAUGCCAAGACUAUGGGCUUUUACACUCUUGAAGAAUUUCAAACAGGUAUGAUGAAGUUAGGCGUCAGUUCGAUUGAUGACUUAAGAAAGAAGCUGCCAGCUCUUAAUUAAGAGCUUAAUGACAAGACAAAAUUCAAGGACCUCUACAAGUAUGUUUUUGAGUUCUCCAGGGAUCAAGGAUAUAAGAAUAUUGCAAUUGAGACUGCUUUCGCUCUUUGGUAAAUUUUGCUCAGCAACAAAUGCCUAUUUUUGAAUGACUUCAUAGAAUUUCUACAAACUGAGAAAAAGGAUCAACUCGUAAUGCAGAAAGAUAACUGGGUAAUGUUCCUUGAGUUAGUUGAGUCCACCAGAGGAGAUUUCGGUAACUUUGUAGAUGAUGGAUGCUGGAACACUAUGAUCGAACAAUUUAGUCAGUACUAUGCAAGAAAAUAUAAUAAAUGA